UCCCUCAUUCUUGCGUCUCUGGGAAAAUUAGGGUUUUUGCGCCUCUCACGCUUAUCGCCGCCAAGAUCUUUCCUCCGAAUGGAUUCUCAAAUUAAGCACGCUGUGGUGGUUAAGGUGAUGGGUAGGACUGGUUCGAGGGGUCAGGUCACUCAGGUUCGAGUCAAGUUCACAGACUCUGAUCGUUACAUCAUGAGGAAUGUUAAAGGACCCGUGAGGGAAGGUGAUAUCCUAACCUUGCUCGAGUCUGAGAGAGAAGCCAGGAGACUCCGUUGAUCAUCUUCUUCCUACUACUCUACAAAGCGGGAACAUUCUCUGUUUGGAUUAGUGAUUAUGCUUUGGAGUAUGAAUUUUGUUGUUUCUGUAAAAGACUAUUGCUGGAUUCAUAAGUGUUCUGGUUACUUUGGUUAUUCGAAAUCUCUUACCUUUUUUUUU